CAAGUAUGAACACUAUUUCAUUAUUUUGUCUCUAUUACUGCUCAGGAAUUAUGAUUGUCGGCUCUGCGCUUUGCCUGAUUCUCGCCAUACUGAUUGGAUGGGGAAAUGACUUCUUAAGUCCGAAAAAGGGAGUUGCAGUAUCCACACAAAUAUCAUCCUUGUUCAUGGUUAUUGGUGCGAACAUAACUGUACUAGCUUUGUGUCUUUAUUUAAUCAUCAAUGAGAACCGAAAGGGAAAGCAGAAUUAUGAACCUCCAAUUAUUAUGAGAGCUGAUAAUACGCAUGCUCCAGAGGCAAGAUAACUUCUUAAUUAAUCGUCUCAAAACAUUGAUUUCAACA